CCUGCUCUUUCAUCGACCUUUCCUCCUCUUCUUCCACCUCCUCCUCCGCCUUCUUCUUUUCCUUCUUUUACUACUUCUGCGAUGGCUGCCACUGCAGCUUCUCCUGUUCCUGCUGUUAAUGCAUCUAGCACCACCACGUCUACUACCGCCACCACCACCACCACCAUUAUCAACAACAACAACAACAACGCUAUUAAAACAACUUCCUCCUACUUUACUGCCCCACCAACCACCUGCCUAUCUCCACCAGUAAUGUCUUUUAAGUCACCCAGUGUGAUUCGAACCAGUGACUCCAAAAAGAUAGAUACACCGAAGGAACCAAUAUACAAAGCUACCGUAUCGAAAGUUAUCAAAUUAGUUCCAGAUUGUUUAAAACAUGACCUGAAAAUGGACUUUCGCAAACUUCCAGAUCGCUCACAAGAUAUGCAAAAACGGAAAGCAAGAUACCGAACAACUUUUACGCCCUUUCAACUGGAACAAAUGGAGAAAGCGUUCCAAAGAGCACCAUACCCAGAUGUAUUUGCUCGAGAGGAACUUGCAAUCAGAAUUGGCCUUAGUGAAUCCCGUGUGCAGGUGUGGUUUCAAAAUCGCCGGGCAAAAUGGCGGAAAAAAGAAACGCCACGGAAAACAAUUUUAUAUCCAUCAGUGUCGUUUUCCAAUGUCAACAACCCAAUUGUCCAGGAUUCUCAGAUGUUACCCGCAGUGCCUUCUUUAGAUCAAUGGAAUUUCUACAGCGAAUCAUCUCUUGCUAACGGUGUCAAUACACUCCAAAAACAAGCAGCUGUUCACUUAAGCAUUCCCACUCGUCCUAUAUGCAGCACCAGUUCAGAUACAAACGGAAGGGGGACAAGCACCACUCUCAGCGACACGCCUCUAGCUUCUCACCAUUACCAUCACCAUCAUCAUAUGAUGUUUCCUAAUGUUCCAUAUCCCAGUAACUGCCUCCAAACGCAACAUCCUAACACUACUUUUAAACAGAUAGUGCCUCAGCCUUACCCGAUCUUUGCUCAUUCCUACGCUAGUUCUUUCCUCAAUGGCUUGCCAGUGGCAUUUGAUCCGAAUGUACCGAAUGUACUUGGAGGAGGUCCUUAUAUAAUGGCGUCAGGUGCCCUUAUGAACAUUCCAAAUUGUGAAGGAGAACUUGGAGAAAAAGGACCAGUAAUAAAUAGGACGCGUAGCAAUGAUCAGAGCAUUCUGCGUUAAUAUCGCACAUAUAACUAGCAUUGCCUUUAUAUAUAUAUAUAUAUAUAUAUAUAUAAAUCUUUAAGUUGAUAAAGCACAAGCCACAUAUAUCAGUAAAGUUAAAAGUUAAAAAACGAUAUCGCCAC